AUGCACUCUGCUAACUUCAUUUCCGGUCCUGCGCCGUUUCUGGAGCGGAUUGGAACCCGGAGUCAGGAUUCGCUAAAUGAAGAGUCUUCUGCAGGAAAGGUGGGCAUAAUGGCUGAGCAGACGCCAGAUGAGUUCAUCUGGUGUGAAGACUGUGGCCAGUACCAUGACUCUGAGUGUCCUGAGCUGGGACCCCUGGUCACUGUCCAGGACUCCUAUGUCCUCAGCAGGGCCCGGUCGUCUUUACCAAGCAGCCUGGAGAUCAGACAGGGGCCCGACGGGCAGGAGGGGGUGUUUGUCCUGCGUCGCCUCGUCAAAAGGACCCGCUUUGGGCCCUUUGAGGCUAAGAGGGUCCCCCAUCUGCAGCAAGAAGGAGCGUUCCCUCUGAAGAUCUUCCAGAAGGACUCUGUGGUGGUGUGUUUUGACUCCAGCAGUGAAGAAGACUGCAACUGGAUGAUGCUGGUGCGCCCGGCCUCUGAGCACACACACCAGAACCUGACGGCCUACCAGCUGGACGGUGACGUGUACUUCAACACCUCGCAGGAUGUGCUGCCAGGAGCAGAGCUGAGGGUGUGGUACGGAGCUUUCUACGCCAAGAAGAUGGAGAAGCCUGUGCUUAAGCCUCCACUCCAACCAGCACCUCCACCAGAAGUGACUGAGACCUCUAAGAAAACUGUGCCCCCAGUGGCUGAAAGAAACAAUGCAGGCAACAUGCUGAGUCAUCUUGAUGAGCUGAAGACGGCAACGGUGCUUCCUAUCGACCCGCUUCUGCCCCAAGAGGAGAGCCUAGUGGGCCCCGAUGAGCAGGAGUGCGGCCCCCCUGCAGCUCAGCCGGGCCCCAAGAGAGCGCAGGGCAGGGGGAGGAGAGCUAAGGGACGCCGGCCCGGAGCCGCAGCUACUGCAGGCAAACACAGAGAUGUGAAACCCUCAGUGCUGCGCUCUGGGCCGUCAGAGGCCGCAGACGGCAUCCUGAAGAGACACAAAGCCCGAGAGCACAAGAGGGUGUACCGCUGCUCCCUCUGCAGCAAGGUCUUCCAGAACAGCAGCAACCUCAACAGACAUGUGCGCUCUCACGGUGAUAAGCUGUUCAAAUGUGAUGAGUGCGACAAGUUGUUCAGCCGCAAGGAGAGUCUGAAGCAGCACAUCUCCUACAAGCACAGCAAGAACAUGCCUGACCAGGAUUACAAAUACAAAUGCAACACGUGUGAGAAAUCCUUUCGCCUGGAAAAUGCCUUAAAGUUCCACAACUGUCGGACAGACGACAAGACGUUCCAGUGCGAUAUCUGCUCGCGCUUCUUCUCCACCAACAGUAACCUUUCCAAGCACAAGAAGAAGCACGGCGAAAAGCUCUACUCCUGUGAGAUCUGCAACAAGAUGUUCUACCGCAAAGACGUGAUGCAGGAGCACCACAGGAGGCACGGUGUGGGGCCAAAGCACAUGAAGAGAGAGGAGCUGGAGGCCAACGGAGAGGAAGGGACCAGGUACAGGAAGGAGCCGUCCCCCUGUCCCAUCUGCGGCAAGGUGUUUUCCUGCAGAAGCAACAUGAACAAGCAUCUGUUGACUCACGGAGAUAAGAAGUACACCUGUGAGAUCUGCGCACGCAAGUUCUUCCGCGUGGACGUGCUGCGAGAUCACAUCCACGUUCACUUCAAGGAUAUAGCUUUGAUGGAUGAGCAGGAGAGGGAAUGUUUCAUCAAGAAGAUCGGCAUCUCGGCGGGCGACAGCGACGACUCGGACGAUGACGAGGAGGAGGACGACCCAGAGCACCACAAGUACAACUGCAAGAAAUGCCAACUGUCGUUCGCAAAGGGCAGAGAGUACCUGAAGCACAUCCUGGAACAGCACAAGGAGCGGGGCUACGGCUGCGGUAUCUGUAACCGCCGCUUCGCGCUGAAGGCCACCUACAACGCUCACCUGGUCAUCCACAGAGAGCAGCUGCCAGACCCCGCCGUGCAGAAGUACAUCCACCCGUGUGAAAUUUGUGGCCGAAUCUUCAACAGCAUCGGUAACCUGGAAAGGCACAAGAUCAUCCACACUGGAGUGAAGAGCCACGGCUGUGAUAAAUGUGGCAAAUCAUUCGCAAGGAAGGACAUGCUGAAGGAGCACCUCAGGGUGCACGACGACAUCCGGGACUUCCUGUGCGCAGAGUGCGGGAAAGGAAUGAAGACCAAGCACGCUCUGAGGCACCACAUGAAGCUCCACAAGGGCAUCAAGGAGUACGAGUGUAAGGAGUGCAACCGCAAGUUCGCCCAGAAGGUCAACAUGCUCAAACACUACAAGAGACACACCGGUAUUAAGGACUUCAUGUGUGAGCUGUGUGGAAAGACGUUCAGUGAGAGGACGACUCUGGAGACGCACAAACUCAUCCACACAGUGGGUAAGACGUGGACGUGUGUGACGUGUGAUAAGAAGUACCUGACGGAGUACAUGCUGCAGAAGCACGUGCACCUCACCCAUGAGAAGGUGGAAGCCCAGUCGUGUCACCUCUGUGGGACCAAGGUCUCCACCCGCGCCUCCAUGAACCGACACCUGCGGCGCAAACACCCCGAGGUGGUGUCUGUGAGGAUGGAUGAGUUUGAUGAUCUUCAGGAACCCUCCACCAUCACCAACUCCAUCAGCAUCGUGCAGGGUGUCGUCAUCUGUGUCAAUAAAUUACCGAAACUGACAUUGAGGAGUGUGUUUCUUCAGCCCUCAGACGGCAUGCCUCAGGAGAGGACCGGUCGACUCCUCCGACAUCCCAGGAGGAGGCAGAGAGUUCCCGCUGAGCCGGAGCUCUCCGAGUCUGAUGAGUACGUGGACUUCAAUGAAGCAAGGCACGAGCCCAUCGAGUUCAACGCCGUCAUCGUGGGAGACGAGACAGAGACCAGCUCUGCUGUGCAGAGCAUCCAGCAGGUGGUGGUCCUGGCCGACCCCGGCGCUCCGUCAGUGUCCUCCCCCAGCAGCUCGUUGGGGCUGACCAACAUCACGAUGACCCCCAUCACCAGCCACGCCCCCGCCCAGUUCACCAGCCUGCAGCCGGUUGCCGUGGGUCACCUGACGGCUGGUGACCGGUCCCUCAGCCUGGACAACUCCAUCCUCACAGUCACCUUCGACACGGUCAGCGGCUCUGCCAUGCUCCACAACCGGCCCGCCGAGCUGGUCCCAGAGACGGUGGGGCCCGGGGGGGGCUCGGCACCGCAGUCAGUCGCCCACUUCAUCAACGUCACCACUCUGGUCAACCCCAUGGGCCACCAGCUGGAGGCCCCCACCCUGGCCUGGAGGCCGGUACCUGCAGCUGAAGGACAGGUCUCCCACAUGGGGGAGGGGACUCAGGGGGAGAGUCAGGACGCCCAGAGUCAGGGAGAGGCAGGCCGUCCCGUGCAGAGCCAGCCGCCCCCCCCUCAGCAAAGCGGCUCCACACAGAUGUUCAGCUACUAACAGUGCAGGUGCGGGUCGCCUCACUGGGACGGAGCAGAUUUUAUCAGACUGCACAGAGAUCCCCUCACCCUGAUGCCUCUCCACGGACCUGAAUGAAACAGGAUUUCCUUUUUAUACUGACAGUGGCUGAUAAUAAUUAACCUUAUUAUGAAAAACAGAAAUUUGACAUUUAGCCAAAAUCACUGACUCAGAUUUACAUUUCAAACCAAAGCAACAUGUGGAACAUUUAAAUGCCUUACCAGCUUUUUUUAAACGUGCAUGUUUCAACAUAAAUUUGCUGCUGGAAAAAUGAAAUGUGAAAAUGUACCAACACUUAUUCCUAAAGUGUCCCGUCUAAAUGUUAUUUUUGAAUGAUGUCAACUAUAAUUAUUGUGGAACUGUCUGGAAAGAAUAUUGGAGUUUUUGUACUGUUAUUUUUUGAACAAAAUUCCUCUUUACUGUU